GGUGCGUGCCGGGAGAAGGGUCUAGAGUUUGGCGCGCGGAUUCGAAGGUAAAAUGGAGCUGCUGCGCGCGAUACAGCUGCUGAAGUUAGAUGCUGUAUCUACAGUCUGGGUGGAUGUGGUGUGGGAUUGCGAGUUCACGGACGCCGAGCCUCUCGACUCCUCUAUCGAAGAGGAAAUCAAAGAAGACCUGAAUGUAUUUAAGAAGGUCUACAAGCAGCUGCUGCCCUUCUCCGCCGAAGACGACAGCACUCAGAGCGUCUGGAAGCUGUUCGGAGAAAACGGCGUGUCGGUGAAGUCCCUGGUGGCCGUGCUGGCCUGCUUCAUCCUCGGCGCCAAAGCCAAAUCGUCCAGCGCAGAGCAGAGACGUCACAGCCUGCAGGCGGCAUCGCUCUAUCUGCUGCUUCUCCGAAUCCCAGGCAGCGUAGCCAAUAAAGUCUUCCAUCAGAUCCUGUUCGACACAUGCCUGGACGUGGUGCUGAAGUGCUGGCCGAAGAGCUCGGGGAAGAAACGCAAGAAGGAUACGCUGAAGAGUUUGCAGGGCGACAGCAAGAGCGGGAAACGGGCCAAACCUCCAAAGAAAGUCUCGGAGGAGAUGGAGAUCGAUGAGGAGGAUGAGGAUGAAGAAGGCGAGGAGGUGUAUUUUUCAGCUCAGGAUCUGUUGGGGAUGCGCGAGGACGUGGUCGGACUCGUCCGGACGCUGCUCCAGCUGCUGGAGAAGUUUUCGCUCAGGGACAAACCGCAGAGUGCCGAUAGCUGCGUGAGGUUAUUCACCGAACUCACCAACUUCGAGCCAGUCAUCGGAGAGCUGUCCUUCUCUGAGAAACGUGACGUGAACAAACUGCAGAGCCUUCCUGAACUCGCCUUCCAUGGCCUCUGGCUGCUCUGCUCCUCCAAUCACGGUGAAGGAAACGAGUGUCGCCGGCGUGUCUUCCACCAAAUGCUGUACGUCAUUCUGAUGAUGAAGAAGGAGAGAGCUAAGCCCAGUCUCCUCGCCCCGUCGCAGGCCGUCUGCAACGCCAGAGACCAGGCCAUCCUCUUCAUCAGCCAUCUUGUGGACGAACAGACCGAGGCCACGUUGCCCCUGCUGAAGAUCCUCAUACAGCACAUCUGUCACCAGAUGGUGGAGAAGGCAGAAUAUCGUACUAGCGGUGCUCAAGCUAUCGGGAAGCUGGUGACUAAGAUGCCGUGCGAGAAUUAUGCCACUUUUGUCAAGUGGCUUUAUAACUAUUCUUUAAAUAUCAGGGUGGCGUUCCGCAUGUUCGCUCUGGACGUAGCCAUGGUGCUGCUAGCGCAGGAGGAACGUGAGGCUGACGAGACGCUCGAAGCGGAUCUGGCUGGAUACCUCUCUCACCGUUUCCUGGUGCGCAGCGUGGUGUACGGACGCCGUUCUGACGUCUCGCCAACGGUCAGAGCGCACGCCAUGCACUGCCUCGCCCAGUGCCUAGAGCUGCCCAGUCACAACGCCACCAAGUGGAUUCACGAGCUCUUCUCUUCCUCAUCCACUACUGGCUCACAGACCACAAUGGAGACCGGACGCUCCGAGCAGACUCUAAAAAGACGGGAGACGGUGCAAAAAACAGCCCUGACCUUCCGCACCAUCGAGCUGACCAAGCACAAGAGCACGAGUCACCACAGCACAGACGACGGCAUGAGCCGCGACGCUACCGAUAUCGAGUAUCAGGAAACCUUGGCUCUGUUCAAACAGCGUGUGAGUGACCCCAAAACCAACGUCAGGAAAUGUGCCCUCGAGACUAUAAUGAGCCUCCUGAAGCACGGCGUGAUCACAUGUAGUCCGGAGAAUCUGGCCAUCCUCUCCGAGCGCUGUCGAGACCCAGCUGUAUCCGUGAAGAAGAAAGCCAUGCAGUGUCUCAUGGAUCUCCUCACAGCACUACCCGACAGCACAGAGGUGCAGGAGGCGUGGCUGAGGGGCGUGGUUCCUGCAGUGAUGGACUCGGAGAGUUCCGUACAGGAGAAAGCUCUCGAGUGCCUCAACGACAAAAUCAUCACUCACAUCAAAAGUCACGGAAGCUAUCGCCAUGACAACGCCUCCCAGACAGUGGCCUGGGACCUGCUGAGGCUAAUGUGUGAUAAGUGUCAGGAUCUCGGGCGAUACUUCAGUAAGGCGUUCAGUGUGUGGUCGAGACAGGAGAAGUUUUCCACUUUGUUGGUGAACAGUCUGAUCUGGCACACGGAGCGUGAACAGGCCCCAGCCGCGUGGCUGCUGCUGGCCAAAGUGGCCGGCUGCUGCACUAAGCUUAACCUGGGCACAAUUCUGGAGGCCUGGGAUCACACAUUCAGGUCUCCGGUUGGUGAUGUGGCUACAACUUGCCACAUUCUGACUGUCCUUGGUCACACUGCAGAUAAUAUCAAUGAUGAAAGUAAAAGCAGGAUCAUCGAUGAUCUGAUGGCUUGGCUGAAGGGCUUCAAUCUACCCCUGGAGGUGAUCAGCGCCAGCGUGGACGCUAUGUUCAGUCUCGGACAAUCCGACAACAUCAAGGACACCAUGAACUUCCUGAACCAGUUCUGUGGAGAGCUGGUGUCUGUGUGUGAGGAGUACCUGUCCACCGUCCUCUUAAACGAGAGAGGGGCAGAGAAUCUAAAUGAGGAUCUGCUGGUGAAACACCUGUACACUCUGGGCGUGGCCUCUCUACACUGCCCUGCCAAAGUGCAAAAGCGAGUCUUCCUCCUGGUUCAGUCCAUUCUCACCACCUCUGAGCAACCUAUGGCUGGAGAAGGUGCAGAGUUACCAGCCAGUCAGCCUCUCUCUCAGUUUAAGCCGUCCUCCAUGCCGACAGUGGUACGAGCUCACGCAGUCAUCACGCUAGGUAAGCUGUGCCUGCAGCACGAGGGGCUGAUGGCGCGCUACAUUCCUGCAUUUGCACGCGAGCUUGAGGUUGGCACCGAGUUAGCGGUGCGCAGCAACGUGGUCGUGGUGCUGUGUGAUCUGUGCGUGCGCUACCCCAACACGCUGAGCCGGUACAUCAACAACAUCUCAGCCUGCCUCAGAGACACAGAGGCGCUCAUCAGAGAGCAGAGCCUCAUCAUGCUCACCAAUCUGCUGCAGGAGGAGUUUGUCAAAUGGAAAGGAUCUCUGUUCUUCCGAUUCGCGGCCGUCCUGGUGGACCCAGAUCCCUCCAUUGCAGACCUCUGCGAGUACUGCCUGGUGGACCUGCUGCUGAAGAAGAACCCGCUGAUGUUCUCUCAGCACUUCAUCGAGUGCAUCUUCCACUUCAACGCCUACGAGAAGCACAAGAAGUACAACAGGUUCCCACAGACAGAGAGUGAGAAAACCAGGUUUUCUCUCAAAGGCCAGAAGAACCAGGGCAAACGAUUCAGAAUCUACAGAUUCCUCCUGAAACACUUCACAGACGAGCAGCGUUUUAAUAUUACCUCCAGAAUCAGCCAGGACGUUCUUGCGUGCUUCGUGGACUCGGAGCUGCCUUUAGAUUCCGAAGGCGCCGAGCUGCUGGCUGACGUGUUCGACGUCCUGUCAUUGAAGGAGAUCAAGCUGACCGCCAUGAGUGGCCCUUCACCCAACGACGACGUACCCGACGACGAGAUGGCUGCCGCUAAAGCCGUCCUGCAGAAAAAGCUCGUCUCUCAGGUGCAGAAAAAGAACUUUGUGGAGAACAUGAUCCCCAUGGUCAUCGCCUUGAAGAACAUGCUGGAGGAGAAACGCUCGCCCGUGCUCAAACACCUCAUGGCCUACCUGCAGGUGACCAUGCAGGACUAUCGCUCUGAGGUGAAGGAGGUCUUUGCAGCAGAUGAGCAGCUGGCUGCAGAAGUGGAGUACAACCUGAAGAUGUUUGAGAAACAAAAAGAGCAGGAGCAGCAGGAGUUGGAGCAGCGGCUUAGCAGUUUCACUCUGUCACCCAGAAAUAAUGGUAGCAGCGCUGCGUCUCCAGCUCCAGGUGUCAGAACCACACCUCUGCCUCCUCAGUCUGCACAGAGACCCGCAAACACACCACAAAAUGCAGACACACUCAGGCGGCGUACCUUCGCUGGAAUUCUGACCCCUGUUGGACAGAGACCUUCCCGCAGUGCCAUGAGUUCAGGACCUGCAAAAGGAGUUUAUGACGGGAGAGCGAUCAGUACUCCACAGGAGAGCAUGAAUGAAGUGACCUUUGGCGAGCAAUUUAGUGCCAUCUGCUACGACGGAGCUGCUGGCAAGAGCAGCGAGAACGUCCUCCAUCUGAUGUCACCUGAGCACGAAGCUCCAGCACCAAGGCAGUGGAACGUACAGUCUCCGGUCGUGAGGAAAAGCCGGAGCAAGAGACGGCAGAUAUGAACAUGCGUUUAUAUCGCACAAUAAUUUCAAAUAAUCUUUGUCUGUGUAUCUGUUUUUAUCGCAACGUUAUCAUCUGUAUGUCAGUUUUUCUACAAUGUUUUCUGUGUGUGUGUAUGUAUAUAUAAAGGAAUAAACUGGUAAAGGAACUCUCGGUUUUUCUAUGUCUGUUAUAACUGUAACUUUUGACGUUAAUAA